AUGGCUGUGGAGCAUGUGGUAUUCCGAGCGCUCAUAAGGCGUGGUCGAAGCAGUGUCCAGCUAAAUUUUAUCCUCAUUACGAUUCUCAGAUAUGCGACGAGGGCCAGAAGAGCGUUCACGAGUAUUCGGGAUGUGACAGCAAGAUACUACAACCCUGCGAAGAGUGCGGACAUGGGGACCACAGGGUUGGGGACAAGAAGAAAUACCAAGAAAUUUCGGCAGAAGUAUCUCGAUAAGAAAGCUGAAGCAGCAGCUUCGGCUCAAGCUACCUCAUCUCCGAAAGGUUCGUCAUCGAAAAUUACUGGGCUUCCUGACAGAACGGGCUCUUCGAAGAUCCCAUCUGGAGAAGCAUCGCCAGUGAAGCUUAUCGAAGAAGUCAAUUCGCUUGCUGCUCGACGUCGAAAGUGGCAGAAUUCCGAGUUGAGUUUUGCGGCGAAGCCCGUCACCAAGUCAACAGAGUUAAACAGAGAAGUCUACGUGGAUUCAAACUUCUUUAAAUUGCAGAUUGAUUCGAAGAUUCAGCUUUUCAAAUACAGCAUUAUCGUUGAAGAUCAUGUUACCCCUAUAAACGUGGAAGGUGUGCGUCGUGUCAAGAAAGAAACGAAAAGUUUCCUAACUAGAGAGUAUCUCACCAAUAACAGAUUUGUGAACGUACCUGCACAUAAAAAGUGGGCCUUGGAUUACGACUUAGUGAUCAUUUCCGUUGGCCCUUUAUACACUAGAUCUGGUAGAGAUCUGGCGAGAGCCAUGAUGCUAUCCAGUAAUCUGGGUGGCCAACCUCCACGAAAUGGCCGUGUAGCACCGCCGCCACUCAGCGUUCGUGUCGAAGACUUAGGACCUCUUGACAUGGGUCAUCUCGUCAAGCACGUUACAAAGAAGGAAUUCGCGGCGGACCUGAACGAUGAGCUGAAAGCUUUGGAUAUCAUUUGCUGGAAGAGAUCAACAAGAAAGGCGACUCAAUAG